GGUACCAUAGGCGCCCGGGAAAAUUUGUUUAUUUUUUUAAUAUUAUUCUCGGGUCGCCGAAAAACCUCUGAAAAUGGCUAGCGAGAUCGUGAUAAUAUUCGACUUCGACCGGACGCUGAUAGACGACGAUUCUGACAGAUGGGUUAUUAAAGGAAUGGGUCUGACCCACUUGUUCAAUCAGCUCCGACCCAUUCUAUCUUGGACAUCUCUCAUGGAUAGGAUGGUUAAGGAACUACACUCACAGGGAAGAACAGUAAAAGACAUUGCUGAGUGUUUAAAAGGGGUUCCAUUGCAUCAACGUACUGCUGCAGCCAUUAAAUCUGCACAUGCUUUGGGAUGUGAUCUAAAGGUGGUUAGUGAUGCUAAUAAGUUCUACAUUGAGACUAUAUUGAAGCAUCAUGGACUGUAUGACUGUUUCUCAGAGAUCAUCACAAACCCAACUCUGGUGGAUGAACAUGGAAGGCUUCAGAUCUUCCCUUACAAUGACUUGGCGUCACCUCAUGGUUGCCAUCUCUGCCCUUCCAACAUGUGCAAGGGUAUUGUUAUUAAGCGGAUCCAAGCUUCAAUUGCUCCACAUAGGGAGGCCAAAUUCAUAUAUCUUGGGGAUGGAAACGGUGAUUUCUGCCCAAUUCUGAAGCUUGGUAAAGGAGACCACGCGUUGCCUCGAAAGCAUUAUCCUUUAUGGGAACUUAUCAGGAGCAAUCAAGAGUUUGUUGAAGCAGAAGUUCAUGAAUGGUGCAAUGGUGAAGAACUUGAGCACAUCCUUCUUGCACUGAUUGACAGAAUCUCUGGUGAAGACAUCAAAAAGGCACCGGUGGAUGAAAGUCGUUAGCAUGGUACAAAUGGAUUAUGCCAGUGACUACUGCACAAGCCCAUAAAUCCAUAAUCAACUUUUGCGCUGUCGUCUAUCUCUCAACUUGGUGCUAAUUACCAUUCUGGAGGGGUCCCGGCCUUAUUGCAUCAAAUUUGAUCUUCUGUGCUAGUUUGCUGUAGUAGAAUGACCUAAAUAUCCAUUAACUCUUUCUUCUGAGAUCGGAUACCAUUUAGAGAAACAAAGAGGAGAAUCUUUACAACCCAAUCAAGUAAAAGGGUGAGAAUAAGUUCCUCUUUGCAAUGCAAACUCAAAUUUGCCCAGAA